AUGACAACCACAACCACCGACACCGUCGCCGAAACCGUGCAAAACAUCCCCCUCACUGAAACACCACACGCCGCCACAGUCGACGCUCCUCCACACCCAUCACCAGCAGCAACCCUCAAGCUCAUCAGCGUCGGAUUCUCCUUCUUCGUCGCCGGCGUCAACGACGGCAGCACGGGCGCCCUGCUGCCGUACGUCAUACGCGAAUACGGCAUCAGCACCGCCAUCGUGUCCAGCGUCGCCACUAACCCCGUGCAUCUCUCCGCCAGAUACGGCGCCAACUUUGCCGGCUGGUUCUCGGCGGCCGUCGCCAACGCCCAUCUAUGCUCGCAUCUAGACCUCGGGGCCAUGCUCGCCCUCGGCGCGGCGUGCCAAGUCGCCGCGCAUAGCCUGCGCGCGUGGGACCCCCCGUUCGGCCUGUUCGUCACCACCUUCUGGCUCGUGAGCGUCGGCCAGGCCUUCCAGGACACGCACGGGAACACGCUGGCGGCGGGCGUCGCCGGCGCGCACCGCUGGCUCGCCGCCAUCCACGCCGCCUACAUGGCUGGGUGUCUUGCCGGGCCCUUUGCCGCCACGGCCGUGGCCGCCGCGCCGCGUCGCGGUGGCACCUCUUCUACGCGUUCCCGCUGGCCGUGGGCGUCGCCAACCUGGCCCUGGUGCUGGUUGCCUUUCGCGACUCGCUGCGGCUCAGGGCGGACCGGGACCGGGACCGGGGCACGCGGCCGUCGAGAAGCGGCGAGGGGCGGGCUCAUCCGCGCGACUGCCGCCACGCCGAGCGUGUGGUUUCUGUGCGCCUUCUUCUUCUUCUACCUGGGCUCGGUGCUGACGGCCGGCGGCUGGGUGGUCGAGUAUCUCGUCGACGUGCGCCGCGGUAGCCUUUCGCAGGUGGGAUACGUUCCGGCCGGCUUCAGCGGCGGCGCGCUGCUGGGCCGGCUGUUGCUCGCGGAGCCCACGCACCGGUUUGGCGAGCGCGGCAUGGUCUUUGUCUAUUGCCUGCUUUCUACGGGCCUCCAACUUGUCUUUUGGCUUGUACCAAACAUCAUUGCUGCCUCCAUCGCCGUAAGCUUCAUCGGCUUCUUCACCGGCCCGCUCUUCGCAACAGGAAUAUCACUCGGGUCCAAGCUUUUCCCUGCGCAUAUACACUCCACGGCGCUGGCGCUGGUGUUUGUCUCUGCCCAAAUGGGCGGCUCAUUGUUCCCCGUCAUCACGGGCGUCGUGUCAUCCAACGCCGGAGUACAAGUGUUGCAGCCCAUCCUGGUCGGGCUGCUCGCCGCCACCGCCCUCAGCUGGCUCUGUGUCCCUCGACCGAAGGACUCUGCACACGCAGGGCUGCACCAAGAGUAG